AAGAAGUCAGACGGCCUCUAUAUAAAACCAGAUAGACUGCUUUGCCUCUUUGCGUCUUGCCCCUGUCAUUCAGCUCUUCGUUCUCUAACAUUUUUAGAUUUUCAUUUUUUUUUAAUUUUAAUUUUCUCUGUAAUUUUUGCUUUCGAUUUGUAUCUCUCAGAACCAUUAUUGAGGGUUAGGAGUUGUGGAUUCAAGCGUAUCUCACCCCCGCCUUUCGUUUCCAAGAAACCAACGUUUUCCCACCUUUGUUUAAAUACCGCCAUUUUCUUGCAUUAAUCUCGCUCAAUGUGAUGCUUUCAACCUUGAUCUUCAUGUUAAAAACCUUGUUUCACUAAUCGCUAAUAAAAAUUCCGGGAUUCGGUUCUGUGUAAAGUUUUUAGGGUUAGGGUUGUUUUGGUCGAAUUCCUUUAUUAUAGAUCACAAAAAAGACUAAUUAUUUAGGUUUUAUUAGAUUUUUGUGGGCUUUGUAUGAUGGAUAAGAAAAGGGUGGCUGUCCCGCUGGUGUGCCACGGCCAUUCUCGGCCUGUCGUGGAUCUGUUUUACAGUCCGGUCACUCCCGAUGGUUUCUUCCUCGUCAGCGCCAGCAAAGAUUCUAAUCCCAUGCUUAGAAAUGGAGAGACUGGGGAUUGGAUUGGGACAUUUGAAGGACAUAAGGGUGCGGUGUGGAGUUGCUGCCUGGAUACCAAUGCUUUACGGGCCGCCACUGGUUCUGCAGACUUCACUGCCAAAGUGUGGGAUGCAUUAACAGGAGAUGAGUUGCACUCAUUUGAACACAAGCACAUUGUUCGAGCCUGCACUUUUUCGGAGGACACACACCUUUUACUUACUGGGGGAGUGGAGAAAAGUCUCCGGAUAUAUGAUUUAAACCGUCCAGAUGCAGCUCCAAGAGAAGUGGAUAAGUCUCCCGGUUCAGUCAGGACAGUUGCAUGGCUCCAUAGUGAUCAGACAAUAUUAAGUUCUUGUACUGAUAUGGGGGGUGUAAGAUUGUGGGACGUAAGAAGUGGUAACAUUGUCCAAACUCUUGAGACGAAGUCUUCUGUGACUAGUGCUGAAGUGAGCCAAGAUGGUCGUUAUAUCACCACUGCUGAUGGGUCUACUGUCAAGUUCUGGGAUGCAAACUACUUUGGGUUAGUGAAGAGCUACAACAUGCCCUGCACGGUAGAGUCAGCUUCCUUGGAGCCAAAGUAUGGGAAUAAGUUUAUUGCCGGAGGAGAAGAUAUGUGGAUUCAUGUAUUUGAUUUUCAUACUGGUGACGAGAUUGCCUGCAAUAAGGGUCACCAUGGUCCUGUACAUUGUGUGCGUUUCUCACCAGGAGGGGAAUCAUAUGCCUCUGGAUCUGAAGAUGGAACCAUCAGAAUAUGGCAGACUGGCCCUUUGACUCAUGAUGACACUGAGGCAUUCACGGCAAAUGGAUCAAGUGGAAAGGUGAAGGUAACUGCAGAAGAGGUUUCGCGUAAGAUUGAAGGAUUUCAAAUUGCAGACGAGGGGAAGUCCAGAGAGAAGGAAGAGGCAGGUAAUGAGUGAUAUGGCCAACUAGCUAGAUGUUACCUCGUUUUUUGGUUGAAGGUUUUGCUUAAGAUUGAAGGAUUUUGUGUCACUGUUGCUGGGCAUAUCGCUCGGAUAUCCUAGAUAUUAUUUUGGGUAUGAAUAUAGACUGAAGUCACUGAACUGAACUAUUUUUGGUGCGAUUUAGCCAAUGCUGUAUUACAUGGUGUCAUGGGCAGACCAAAUGAACAGUUUUUUAUUUUUAUUUUUUUGGUUUUUUUAA